CCAACUGCGCAUGCGCACCGGAAGUUAGGCUAAACUUUGCUUCACACAGCGGAAAACAGCUGUUGUUCAGAAACAGGAAAAGAUAAGAUGCCCGAUCAGAAAAUAAAAAUGUUGUCUUGUGAACCUGAAGCUAAGAAGACGAGGAUGGAGGAAAGCCCUGCAGCAUCUGAUGAACCUGCACCGAUAUCUCAAAUCCCUAAGAAACGUUUAAGGGGAAGACCUCCGAAAAGCAAAGUUGUUGAAACGAAUGUGUCUAAACAGAAACAUGUGCCACAGUCGAGGGAAGAAAAUGGAAAGGCUCUUCGUCGGUCCUCCCGACUAAAAACGGUACAGAAAAAGGGUGCGAGAGGAAAACGACGGAAAGCAUCUGAUACAGCCAAUCAUAAAGAACAAGGUUGUAAAGACUUUGAGAAACUAGGAGAUAAACCAUCUCAUAAUCUGACUGUCCUGAAAAAAGGAACCAAGAAAUACGUCUCGAGAGUGAAACGAGACAAACCCACCAUUUCCGAAACCAUUAAAACUGUAACCGCGGCCUUUUUUCCUAUACAAAUAGAGCACAACUAUGGACGAUUUCUCGACUUUGAAAGUGAGGAGAUCACAUUACCCCAACCUGAGAAAACCAACGUGGCCAACGUAACUGAUCUUCAGUCAGUACUUCAUGACAGUUUCCCAUGCAAAGUGUCACUUGAAGAGCCAAAGGAACUGUCAGCAGAUCCUAUCGAGAAAAUUACAGUGAGUUUGGAUGCAAAAGUAGACGUGAUGACCGGAUCUCCUCCACCUCUAGAGGCUGUUUUCAAAGUCAUCCAGGAGACUAGCAUCACAAAACACACGUUUACUAGUAAAAACAUUUCGGACAUGGGUGAGUUAGAGGUGGUGAAUACUUGCUCCUUGCCGGACAGGGUGCAGAGUACAGAAAUAUCUGAUGUGGCGAAAGACUUUCUCGAGGACUCCGGUGCGAUUCUGGAUGAUGAAAUUGAGAUUGAACAUUGUGUUGUAGAGAUCGAAACCUAUGAGGAUUCAGAGGUUGAUUCUGUUGCGACGAGCGAAAAAGUCAAGGAUGAUCAGUCACCAUCCAAUGUUAAAGAUGUAACACCAAGCGAGGAAACAAACGAAGCUGUGAUUACUAAGGAGGUUCUUUCCUCUCCUUCUUUGCCCCAGGAAAGUUCAACAGACUCAACACAGGGAGGGCCUCCUAAAAAGCAAGCGAUGAACCCGCAGGCUCGUACAAAGGCACGUCUGGCCGCCCUGGCAGAGGAGAAGGCGGCUGCCGCCAAGAAAGCCCCUCCUCGACAGCUCAACCUCCUUGCGCUUUGUGAGGAAAUCGCAGAUGAUAUCGCCUCUGAUGCCCCUGCAGCUUCAGAUGAGAAACUUGAGCAAAGUGAGCCUCGAUCGGAGGCGAGCCAGUCUGUGGAGGUAAGUGAAACCAAAGAUGAAACAGAGGAAGUGAUGUCGCCAACGGUCUCCAACAGCAACGAUCCUCCCGAAACUCCCAGCGAGGGGAACGUUGAACCCAUGCUCGAGGAUAGCACACCCAAGAAACGUUUUUUCCUCAGCCAGGUUUCAUUGCCCCUCAAAACGCAGGAGAAGAAGAAACUCACCCGCUUUCAGAAGCUGAGGCAGGUGGAACUACAGCGGGAAAAGCUCACCUGGACUCGUGUUAAGAAGCUCAAGACCGACCAGUUGAGUCAAGCGGGCUCCCCUAAAGAGGAGGACGGCUCUGUUUCUGUUUCACCUGCCCAGGCCGCCACCCCUGCUCAACACCCUGUCCCAGAGAGUGUGCCCAAAGUGGGCUCGAAUGAACCCAGACGGGCUCUCCCUGCCCAGGCACCACCCAUGCCUAAUGGAAUCACCAGCCCAAAGCCCAAACCAGUGGUGGACUAUAAACCCUACACCCCAAGACCUAAGUAUUCACCAGACGAUUUUGAGCUUGACGGUCUUGAAGAAGAGACAAAUAAACCAGCGACGCCCAACAAUGAGGUCAAACCAGAGCAAUCGUCUUUAUCUACUAAAGGGGAACCUAAGCCAUCAGUGGAAAAAAAGUCAUGUCCUCUCACUACUCCAGAUGGUAAACCAAAACCCUCGCCCCAACAAGAACCUCUCCAAAAGAUGCAAACAGAAAGCGACAACGGGGGAAAUUUAGCUGUUGAACCAGGCGCAGACAAGAAAGAGGUCAAAAAUGGUUCAAAACCUACAAAUACACCGGCACAAUCCAGCAAUGAUGCUGGUCAGAAGGCGUUCGGUGCUGUCACUUGUAACAUAUGUGGGAUGCUGUACUCACCGAGCAGCCCAGAAGACGAAUCACAACACCUCCUCUUUCACAAUCAGUUCAUCAGCGCUGUCAAAUAUGUGGGCUGGAAGAAGGAGAGGAUUCUGGGAGAGUAUCCAGAUGGCAAAAUUAUUCUCGUUCUGCCAGAUGAUCCCAAAUAUGCAUUAAAAAAGGUUGAGGAGAUUAGAGAAAUGGUGGACAACGACUUGGGUUUUCACCAGGCGGAGACCAAGGUCCCUUCGCAGACCAAAACAUUCCUCUUCAUUUCAAAUGAUAAGAAAGUAGGAGGCUGCCUCAUUGCGGAGCACAUUCAGGAGGGCUACAGGGUUAUAGAGGAGUCUGUACCUGAGGGUUCAGAAGGAGAGAAGGUCAUGUACGAGCGUCAGAGGGCCUGGUGCUGCUCUACAGUUCCUGAACCAGCGCUCUGUGGUAUCAGUCGCAUCUGGGUCUUCAGUAUGAUGAGAAGGAGAGGAAUCGCCUCACGCAUGAUCGAGUGCCUCAGGAAUAAUUUCAUCUACGGGUCUCAUCUCAGUAAAGAUGAAAUCGCCUUCUCGGACCCCACGCCUGAUGGAAAACUCUUUGCCACACAUUACUGUGGAACCUCUCGGUUUCUGGUCUAUAACUUUGUCAGCAGCAAUCGCCCAACCUGACAGAAUGUGGAUGUGCCAUCAGCACUCUGUUUCAAAAUAUUAACAUUUGAGCGGAAAACUUGGCUAAGACGAACUUUAUUUCACUACCAAACAAAAAUAAGAAGAACAUAAGAGAUUUUUAUAAAGUCUUAUAAAGGUUUAAUUGGCCCUUGUCUCCUCACCAAGAGACCCUAAUAUCAAACUUUUAUGUUGGCCAUUUGACAUUGGACUACGCAAUAGCUUUUACCUGAUGCUUUGUUUGAUGAUCAACAUUGUCUCAGGUUAAGCUCGCAGCCUAUCUCCUGUUAGUGGAAGCCAUGUUGUCCAGUGCACAACUGCAAAAUCAGUGUAAGUGCUGCUUCUCGGGUCCCUUGAGAAGAUGUAGGAACUUUACUACUGUAAGCAAUGCCUCGGUUAUGAGGUGACGUCUUUUGAAUCUCAGGUUGAAAAUCAUGUAUUUCUCAUCUGAUCUCCCUUUAACCCCCACACGUCAUCUAUUUUCAAAGAGAGCAUAUUUUCCUGAUCAUGUUUCAUGUGCAUUUAAAAGGUUUACAUGCAUGGCACUAACAUCGAUAGACGGCAGAUGAUUUCGUAGACGUCACUAAUUUCACACGUCAUCGUGCGCAAGAAAUUUGAUUAAUUCACUUUUAAAACAGGAGUGUAAUAAGUGUCAUAGUAUUUCCCUCAUUUUAAUAUUUUUUGAAUGAUUUUAUGUAUGUAUAUGUAUUUUGAUUGAAUUAUAUUAAUUUA